AUGGGGCGAGGGCGAGCGCCGUGCUGCGCCAAGGUGGGGCUCAACAGGGGCUCCUGGACGCCGCAGGAGGACAUGCGUCUCAUCGCCUACAUCCAGAAGCACGGCCACACCAACUGGCGCGCGCUGCCCAAGCAAGCAGGUUUGCUGCGGUGUGGGAAGAGCUGCAGGCUGCGGUGGAUCAACUACCUGCGGCCGGACCUCAAGCGCGGCAACUUCACCGCCGAGGAGGAGGAGACCAUCAUAAGGCUGCACGGCUUGCUCGGGAACAAAUGGUCUAAGAUCGCUGCCUGCCUGCCGGGGAGGACGGACAACGAGAUCAAGAACGUGUGGAACACGCACCUGAAGAAGAAGGUGGCGCCGCGGGAGAAGCAGAAGGCUGGCGCGGCGGACAAGAACGACGGCGCGGCGAGCGGCGACGCCGGCACUCCGGCCACUGCCGCCUCGUCCUCGGCGUCCUCCUCGACGACGACCCACAACAGUUCCGGGGGCAACGACAACUCCGGCGACCAGUGCGGCACGAGCAGGGAGCCCGACGACGCGAUCGACGUAUACCUCCUCCGACUAGAAGACAUCGACGUCUCGGACAUGCUGGUGGACGCGCCCCCGGCGGCGCAGCCAUGCCAGGCGCCAAUGCUGUCGCCGUGCUCGUCGUCCUCCCUGACGACGUGCGUCGGCGGCGUGGAGGAGCUGAUCGAGCUGCCCGUGAUCGAGAUCGAGCCGGAGAUCUGGAGCCUCAUCCACGGCGAGAGCGCUGGCGCGCCGGACGCCUCGUGCGUGGAUGCAACAGCGCCAUGUACGGGCACGACCGCCGUCAGCAGCACCAGCGAAGCAGAGGAAGCGGCGAACGAUUGGUGGUUGGAGAAUUUGGAGAAGGAGCUGGGCCUGUGGGGCCCAGCGGAGGAUACUCAGGCCCACCCUGACCUACUGGACCACAUAGCAAGCUUCAGCCCACUCGGCGCCUUGGAGUUGGAGAGGGACCCAGUCUCCACCUACUUCCAGACCGCGCCCGCCGUUGCGGAACCUGAACUCCUGGUGGUGGACGAACCAUCUGCCGUUCUGCUAUGA